AUGGCCGACAUCUUUGGCCGUCACGGCACCGUCCAGGUCGCCACGAUUCUCAUGCUCGUCGGCAGCGCCCUGUGCACCGCGGCACCCACCAACGCGUUUGGUCUCUUGCUCUUUGGUCGCGCGGUGCAGGGCAUCGCCUGCGCGGGGCUCGAUGUGGUCAUUCGCGUCAUCCUGGCCGACAAGGUCUCGUUGAGGGAGAGCGCUACGAAUUGGACCAUUUUUUCGACUGUCGGGGGUAUCUCGUAUGGGCUAGGACCGAUCGUCGGAGGUUACCUUGUCGAGACUGAUUGGCGAUGGUGCUUCGGCAUCAACCUGCCAGUCGCCGCCGUAGGCAUGGUCCUCAUCGCUUUUGUCGUUCGCAAAGAACUACUCGGACCGCAGCCCAUCCCCCAGCUGCCAGAGGCCACAGAGACCGGCCGCAAAGACCGCCUCGCCUACCGGCUGAAGACGGUCGAUUACUGGGGUCAGGUACUGUUCCUUUUCGGCUUCGGCCUCGUCGUCCUAGCCCUCACAUGGGCCGGUCCCAUCUACGCAUGGGACUCGCCCGCCGUCCUUGUACCGCUUUGCGUUGGCGUCGCGACGACCAUCGCCUGGGGCGCGUGGGAGUUCUUGAUGACGCCGCAGAGGACGCUGGGGUUGAAGUGGAGCUGGAAAACGCCGAUGGUGAGGUGGGACAUACUCACAGACAGGAACGUCGGCUUGCUCGUCUUUUCUUCGCUGUCAGCCGGCAUGGCCAUGUUCUCGGUAUUUUACUUUUGCAGUAUCUACUUCAUCCUCGUGCUCGGAAAAGACCCUACGGAUGCGGGAAUAAGCCUCCUGUUUUUUACUCCAGGAGUAGGUGCUGGCGUCUACGGCUCGUCCUUUAUGACUAGAAUCUGGCCUCGGACCACAUACAGCCCCAUACUCCUCGGUGCCGUCUGCCAGGCCGUCGGAAUCGGCGUCCUAGCCUGGGCCCUUUGGGCAGAGAGAAAGCCGGUGAUUUAUGGCAUGGUGGCCCUCAUCGGUGCCGGCUCCGGGUUCCGGUUUAUCAGCUUACCGCUGCAUGACAAGGCGGGUGUUGAAGAAGUCAAGAGGGCCAUCGUAUGGGCCUACAUUGCUAUUCUGCCCUUCAUGGUACUUUGCGCCUUCUCCUCCGCAUUCCUCGGUGCCGUCAUCCUCCCCAAGGGCAAAGGUUCCGCCCAAGACCGCAGUAACAACAUCAUCAUCCGCCAGCCCUACCCCUGGGCCCUCUUCCGCGGCACCUCUAGCGACAAGGAGUCCUGGGAGCACGUCGGCGACAACGAGAUGGACAACCUGGUACCCGCUCAGCCCGCUGCGUGGGUGGGAGGAGAACCUGCGUACGAUCCCUACAACCCGCCUCCCGGGAGUGAGGCCAUGGCCGCGCGUUCGGAUGGGCGUAGGACUGACGGCGAAGGAGGGCAAGACCGGCCUGAAAGGGCCUGGAGGGAGGAUGUUGAGGGGGCAAGAUAG